CUAUUUGAGGUAAUUUAGGAUAAACUGGGUCGUGUAGGUCACAUUAUUAACAUUUGUUUAUAUUUGGUUUGACUCAAAAUGUUAUAUCCACAUAUGUAGAUGCCAUUUUCCAAUUUUAUAUAUUUACAUACACUGCAAAUUUAUAACAUUUUAAUCAGAUUAUUUUUCUUAAAUCCAGUCAAAUAAUUUUUUCUCCAUGAGUGUUGUAUGAGUGUUAAAUACUAGUUAACAGAUUAAUGCGUCAGAUUAUUCCAUUUUACUUUAAGUAAAUAUUUGUUCUUAUUACACCCCUAUAUUUAAAAGUUGGUAAUUAUUCACCGAAAUCCAGAAAAAAAAAAAAAAGGUUUCAAAUAAUGUUUUGAACAAUAUCUAUUCUUGAAUUAAGAACGUUUCUGACAAACAAGCUUUUUAAAGAUUAAAUCUACUAAUUUAUUGCUUAAAAUAAGUCUGUUAAGAUUAUUUUGAGCCAGCUAUUUUCCUUAUUUCAAGAAAUCUGGGUGAGUAAAAUUUACUUGAAGCACUGACAGAUAAUUUCACUUAUUUGUAUAUUUACACCGAAAACAAAGGGAAUAUAACUAGUUUUAAGGAGGUGUGCUUUGCAGGGUGUAUACAGUGGUAUAAAAAAGUAUCUGAACCUUUUGGAAUUUCUCACAUUUCUGCAUGAAAUCACCAUCAAAUGUGAUCUGAUCUUUGUCAAAAUCACCCAGAUGAAAAAAACUGUCUGCUUUAAUAAAACCACCCAAACAUUCAUAGGUUUUCAUAUUUGAAUGAGGAUAGUAUGUAAACAAUGACGGAUGGGAGAAAAAUAAGUAAGUGAGCCAUCGCAUUGAAUAUUUUUUUUUACUCCCAAACAAUUUGGUUUUGUCAGUCCACAAAAUAUUUUGCCAAAACUUCUGUGGAGUGUCCAAGUGCCUUUUUGAGAACAUUAAUCAAGCAGCAAUGUUUUUUUAGACAGCAGUGGCUUCCUCCGUGGAGUCCUCCCAUGGACACCAUUCUUGGCUCCCAUGAACACCAUUGUUGGCCAUAAUAUGACAGAUAGUUGAUGUGUGCACAGAUAUAGUGGACUGUGCCAGUGAUUUCUGUAAGUCUUUAGCAGACACACAAGGGUUCUUUUUUACCCCUCUGGGUAUUCUGCGCUGAACUCUUGGCACCAUCUUUAGUGGACGACCACUCCUUUGGAGAGAAGCAACAGUGCCAAACUCUCUCCAUUUGUAAACAGGUUUUCUGAAUGUCGAUUGAUGAACAUCCAGACUUUUAGAUAUGGUUUUGUGUCCUUUCUCAGCUUUAAACGAAUCAACAAUCCUUGAUGGCAGGUCUUCGGACAGCUCUUUUGACUGAGCCAUGAUGCACAUCAGAUAAUGCUUCUCAUCAAGACAUGUCUUACCAGGCCACUACUGAAAAGAAGAAGCUGAGCCAUGCUGGAUCCAAGCCCUCCCUCUCCGAGAGCAGCGGCCGACUCCCUCAGAUAGCCAUGAACACCUGCAAGUACAAUGGCGGCGUGGUGAGACCACUCGUGGGCAGUCUGGCGUCCUCGUCGCGCCGCAACCUAGCGGAGCUCGACUCGGAAACGCAGCCCCUGCAGACGCUGCACAGCUCUGGCUUGGAGGUGGUGGUGUCCAAGGGUAAUGGCGGAGAAGACCCCAGUAAGGCGUCCAAUGAGAGCCUCGUCAGGGAGGGCAGCGGGCGUGGCGGAAGCAGGGCACCUCAGAAGAAAAACAGGGACAUUGGCUACAAGCUUGGCCACCGGCGGGCGCUGUUUGAGAAGCGCAAGCGGCUUAGUGACUACGCACUCAUCUUUGGAAUGUUUGGGAUUGUUGUCAUGGUGACGGAGACUGAAUUAUCAUGGGGGGUUUACAAUAAGGACUCUUCAUACUCGUUUGCACUGAAAUGCCUUAUCAGCCUUUCCACUGUUAUACUGCUUGGUCUUAUAAUAAUGUACCACGCACGGGAAAUCCAGCUGUUUAUGGUGGACAACGGUGCAGAUGACUGGAGGAUAGCCAUGACCUAUGAGCGGAUCUUCUUCAUCGUGCUGGAGUUGCUGGUGUGUGCCAUCCAUCCCAUCCCCGGCCGCUACAUCUUCACGUGGAAGGCCCGGCUGGCUUUUACGUACACGCCGUCCGUGGCGUACGCCGACGUGGACAUCAUCCUCUCCAUCCCCAUGUUCCUGAGACUCUACCUGAUCGGCAGGGUCAUGCUACUUCACAGCAAGCUGUUUACGGACGCUUCGUCUCGCAGCAUCGGCGCCCUCAACAAAAUCAACUUCAACACACGCUUCGUCAUGAAAACUCUCAUGACCAUCUGCCCGGGAACUGUUCUGCUUGUGUUCAGUAUAUCGUCCUGGAUCAUUGCCGCAUGGACUGUGCGCGUCUGCGAGAGGUAUCAUGACAAACAGCAAGUGACCAGUAACUUUCUGGGAGCCAUGUGGCUCAUCUCAAUUACCUUCCUCUCCAUCGGCUACGGGGACAUGGUACCGCACACGUACUGUGGGAAAGGCGUGUGUCUGCUUACAGGGAUUAUGGGAGCUGGUUGCACUGCACUUGUGGUUGCAGUGGUGGCCAGGAAGCUGGAGCUGACCAAGGCAGAGAAGCAUGUCCACAACUUCAUGAUGGAUACACAACUCUGCAAACGAGUAAAGAACACAGCUGCCAAUGUACUCAGGGAAACAUGGCUCAUCUACAAACACACCAAGUUGGUCAAAAAGAUUGAUCACGCCAAGGUGCGGAAACACCAACGCAAGUUUCUCCAAGCCAUUCACCAACUGCGCAGUGUGAAGAUGGAGCAGAGGAAGCUCAAUGAUCAAGCCAACACCUUGGUGGACCUGGCGAAGACCCAGAAUGUGAUGUACGACCUGGUGUCAGAACUCCAGGAACGCAGCGAGGAGCUGGACAAGCGAAUCGGCACAUUAGAGGACAAGCUGGACUCGGUGACGGGCAGCCUGCAGGCGUUGCCGUGCCUCAUCUCCCAAGCCAUAACCCAGCAGCAGCAGGACUUCCUGGACGGCUUCGUUCACCGCUUCCGCCCCGCAUCACUAGCCUCGGAGCGCUCGGAGCGUUCCGAGCGCUCCUGGACGUCCACCGCCCGCAGGCGGCGCUCGCCGUCCACCGCACCGCACACCUCCUCCGAUAGCGGAUAACCUCCGAGAAGCACCUUUCCCAAAUCCGUCUCGUCACUUCGUUCCAUCUGAUGAUGAGUUUCAUCUCCCUUCAUUCCAAUUUCUCUCCCCCUGUGACUGAGUGUGUCAGCGCAGGCCUGGAUCAGAGAAACUCCCAAUAGAGGAGGGAGAAAAAAAAAAAGAAAUUCAGAAAAAAUCCAAGUGCAUCUGAUAAACAAAAAAGAAACAAAAGAAAACGACUGAAAAACCGAGAUAAAGUAGAGAUAUGGUUUAUGUUUUAGCCAUUGUAUGGCUGUUCAAGUUAGCUUUUUUGUAAAAGCCCUUAAAAAUGGACUGAGUGCAGGGUCACUGGCGAGAGAGUCCGGUGAGGAGGGUGAGACCAAACCUUGGAUUUCCCUUUCAAAAACUCGUGUCAUGGAUUCUUUCCCGUAGGUUAGCGUAAAAGCCGUCGGGGACACCCGACGUUAAGGUCCGUCCGUCAGUCAGCGUUGGGAACUGCACGAAAGGGGAGAGGAGGAAAUGUCCCACACAAGCGGACUGAAGGGAGGGACGCCAUGGCAUUACUACUGGGUAGGAAAAAUUUACACAAUUGCCAACUUCAAGGUUUCAACUUCCUUGUUCUUACCAAGGGAAAAUGAGAGCGACUAUCUUUUUUAGUUACAUAUUGACAUGUGAUUUUUCAGUGCCUGAAUGUACAAAUAGUAGAGGGUUAUUUAAUUACUAAUUUCAGAGCUUUUUUACGAUGUUAACAGUCUGACUACAGCAUUGCAUUCCCUUUUCAGAUACAUUCCUCUCCAAUUAUCAAAAGAAAGCGUCUUAAACGAUGCAUAGCAUUGCCUCCAUUAAGCAACCUUGUUUUGAGAACCUUUUUCUUUUACCUUUAUACUAACACCGCAGAAGGAGAAAAAAGGUGACGGGAGAAAGCAAAAGCGUGUUUUGUGUGUGUUCGUAUGGAAAUGAGUUCACGUUCUUAGCCCGAUGCUCCACACCCUUACACAACAGUGGGAAAAAUGUCGUGUACCUUCCUCAGCACCACUAAUUAGAGCUCCCUGUGCUCACCAGAUAAUGGCAUGUCUUGAGGGCUGCUGGUGUAAAUGGUCUAAAUUGAGAGAGGGGGGCGAAAAACACCUUGUUCCCUUGCAUGGUUUUGUGCGAAAAUGUAAAUGAACGUAAUGUUCCUUGGAUGGCUUGCUGAAUUUAGAUUUGGAGUUCCAAUUACGUCCAGUUUUUGAAUGUAUUUUUUUUGUUUGUCACCUUUGUUUUUUGUUUUUUUCACUGAAAUCUCAUUUUUACAGCGCCUAGAGAGUUGCAGUAAAUGUGAUUCUGUAAUGCAUUCCCUGUUUUAAAAAAAAUGAGGUGAAGGAAAACCAUGGUUACAAAAAAAUUCUGAAAGGAUGCGAAUAAAAGUGCUGAAUAAAUUUUGAUGGGUACUCGACAUUGACUUCUACAAUUUUCAGGGGAGAAUUUUUUUUUUAAAUAAACUAGACGUACACAGACAUUUUGGGUGAGUAAAAAAACAUGACCACCUACUUUUACCAUUAUUCAUGCAGUUAAUUCUCUGCCUGCCAUUGACUGUCAUCAGCGCCACUAAAACAGGAACAUUCAGAGAAAACGAAUUUACUUACAUAUCAAAACAGCAACAACAUGAUAGUAUAGGUAGGAGUAGUAAAAUAUAUUUGUUGGCUGAGCUCAGUGAAGUGUUGGGAGGCUUGCUGGUUGCCUGGCAACCACACAGUCAUGUAAGGGCUUCAGGAAGCAGGAAAUACAGGAAAAAU